AUGCGCCAUUUCGACGUUAACGUUACUUUACAAUGAAUUUAGAACUUCUUGAAGCAUUUCACCAAAAUUAUCCUGAGGUAAGAUUCUCAGAUAAUAUUGACUUUCCAGGCUGCAGAUGGGUACUUGGAGCGAAUAAAAAAAGAUGAUGGGAGCAAAGAUGCUGGAUGUGCUACUUAUGCUAUAACACUACAGUUUAAUCGUAUUGGAAGCCUUAUUGCUAUUGGCUGCAAUGAUGGAAGAAUAGAAAUAUGGGAUCACGUCACAAGAAGAAUAUCAAAAAUACUGGUGGCUCACUCACACCCAGUUUGUUCAUUAAGUUGGAGUAGAGACAGCAAAAAGCUCCUCAGUGCAUCAACUGAUAAUACAGUCUCUAUAUGGGAUGUUUUGUCCAGUGCUUGUGAGCAGACAUUUCAAUUCCCCUGUCCUGUAAUGAAAGUUCAGUUCAAUGCGAGAAAACGCGAACAGUUUCUUGUUUGUCCUAUGCGACAUGCUCCAGUUGUUAUCAGUGUUCCUAGUGGUGUUCCAACUAUUAUACAACCAGAAGAUGAGAAUGACUUCAGUGUCGUUGCGUCAUAUGAUCGCCGUGGUCGUUAUAUAUACACUGGGAAUUCCAAAGGCAAAGUUUGUAUAUACGACACAACAGAUUUUCAGUUGAUCAGUUCAUUCAAAUCGACAUCAGCGGCAAAUGCUGCGAUUAAAUCGAUUGAAUUCGCUAGACGUGGAGAAUACUUCCUACUGAAUUGCGCUGAUCGAGUUAUUCGAGUCUACAAUUGUGAAGAUGCUUUGAAUGGAAGUACAGCAGAUCCAGAACCAAUUAAGAAAUUAAAAGAUCUUGUUACUGGGAGUCAUUGGAGAAAAUGUUGUUUCUCUGGGGAUGGUGAAUACAUUUGUGCUGGUUCAAUGAAACAACACUCCAUAUAUUUAUGGGAACGUGCUAGUGGAACAUUAGUGAAAAUUUUACACGGUCAAAAAGGCGAAACUCUGCUGGAUGUUGUUUGGCAUCCACUCAGACCAAUAAUUGUGUCGAUUUCAAAUUCUGUAACAAAAGAACAAGUAUCUAUAUGGGCACAAACACAAGUUCAAAAUUGGUCAGCCUUUGCUCCAGAUUUUAAAGAACUCGAUGAAAAUGUAGAAUAUGAAGAAAGAGAAUCAGAAUUCGAUAUUGAUGAUGAAGAUAAACAGACUGAAGAAAGUAAAAAUAACAAUGAAGAAGAGGACAUCGAAAUCGACAUAGAAACUAUAGAACCUGUUCAAACCUUGUUAAGCAGCGAUGAAGAUGAAGAAUGCGAAGAUAUUCUCAUGUACUUGUCCAUCUCACCUGAAGUUGAUAAUCCAGAUGAUUUGUCAGGUGGUGAAGAGUCGGUUAGUACACAGAAUUCUGAACGACCAAAUGGUAGUGGCAAUAAAAAGCCUGGUGAUUCUUCAUCAACUCGUCCAAAUGAACUAGCAGCAUCGAAGAAUUCAAAGUCUACAGAUUCAUCUCAUUCUGUACCGACAGUUCCAAUUCACUUGCCGGGUGCACCAACCGAUGAAGUUCAUCCACUCGUUAGUAGUCGUAAAGCACCAAUGAAAUCUUUAUCAUCAGGCAGUCAUCAUGAUUCAUCAACAAAACAACACAAUAGUCAAGCUGGAUUAACAUCGAAUUCAACAACAGGCUAUGGGCUGAGUAAUAAUUCUCGAAAAACAUCAACAACACGUCAACGUGAUCGUGUCAAGUCUAGGAGAUAAUCUUUUUCUUUUUCUCGUUCAUAUGUCAUGAUACCUAUGUGUAUACUUCCUCCUUCCUUUUCUCUCUGUUUGUAUAUGAAGCAACUUUUGUCUUUUGGCAUCGUUUUGGUGUCUUAUCCAUCCCGUUUGUCAUUAUUGUUAUUAUUAUAAUUAUUAUGCAUUUUGCUUCCUCAUAUGUGUAUAUUCUGCAUAAUGAUACUAUUACUUUAUUUCUCUGAAAGUGUAAAUAAUUUAUGAAUUUCAGAAGUUCCGAAAAUGUUUGAUAUAACAAUUGAUGGUGUACUUUGGUUACACACACACACACACACAC